AGAUCUCUACAUGUGGUAGACUGGCUGCAGGAUGGGGUGCCGGUGGUGGCUGGGAUGAGUCUAAAGCACUGACCGGAGGAUGGCAGCCUGUGACAGGGAGAUAGUGUAUCACAAGGACAGCUCCCAGAGUGAAGAUAUUGAUGAGUGGGACGAUGCUGCUCUUAUUAAAUCCUAUGAAAAGGCUGUCCAAUCUUUCCAGGAUAUGCUUAGGUGCAGUGAUAAGAAUCGGAGACAAGAAGGAGCCACUGCACCUGGUGAUACCCAAAAAGAUUGUCAACGAGAAACACCUAGAGAAUCAGAGUGGGACAGAGAUGGCUACAGGGAUCACCCAAAAGAUGACGGAGAGAAGUGGAGCAAGAAAAAGAAGGCGCAGCCUCCUCCACCUCUCACCCACGCAACCACACAGCCUCGCUGCCUUGUAUCCAAAUGGAAGGUGGGAGACCCUUGUAGUGCUGUUUGGUCAGAAGAUGGAUGUGUCUAUCCUGCAACAGUAAAAUCCAUUGAUAGAGAAACAAGGACGUGUGUGGUGCAGUAUAAUGGCUAUGGAAAUACGGAGAGGCAUCAGCUGGAUGAAAUAGUGUCUGUGGGGAGUAGUGGGGAUAGCACCCCACCUGUUAAACAGUGGAAGGAUGAGGAAGACACCGAUUGGCUGUACACAAGGAGGAGUUCUACCUCUUCACCUGACUUAUCCCGCAAUUGGAGGAAACAAGGGAAGAAGUCUGAGUGGAUGUACGCUUUUCCACCUCCGCCACCGCCUCCACCUCCCCCUCCACCACCUCCACCUUCAUUACCUCCUCCACCACCUCCUAAGGGCUGCUUUUGGCCACCACCGCCACCUCCUGUGAGAGCUCAUCUUCCUGCCUGGCACAAUUGGCCCCCUUCAGCACCCCUUCCCCCACCUCCACCACCACCCCCUUUCUUCAGCACAGAGUGGGAGGAUUAUGAUGAAGAGGAACAAGAGGAUGAAGAUGUAUUAGCUUGUAUGCUUAUGGCUUGGUACAUGACUGGAUAUCACACUGGAUUUUACAAGGGGCUAAAACAGGGUCGCGCUGAAGCUUUGAGACCCAACCUUAAAAAAGGAUCCAGAAGAAAAUAGCGUGAUCAGGACAAAAUGAUUAUCUCUCCCAUGGAGAAGGCAGGAUGCUUGACUAAGUUCCUCUAUGCCCCUAUGGACAGCCUCCUCCGCCUCCCUUUACCCAUCUCCGUAUAAAUGCUCACAGAUGUUGAGAAACCCAGAUAUUAAAUAAAAUAUAAAAAAUGAAGUGCUAUAAUA